AUGUUAUCAGGCUACCCUGAACCUCAAUACUCCAAAAUCCCUUCUUCCCCUACACUCAACUCGGUCACUAAUUUGGAAAUGUACAAGCUAAAGGCAGACGGUUUGGCAUCGAAUUCGAUCCUCACCACAGAUUCACACGGCAAUUUCGUCGAGGAAUCCACCGGAAGGAAGAUCACUCUUAGAGGGGUUAAUCUUGAUGCUACCGCUAAGCUACCUCUAAACCAAACUACGUACAAACCCAGAGGCAAGAAGAUCUUCUAUGAAGGCGACACAGUCUCGUUCGUGGGGCGACCCUUCCCACUAGAGGAUGCUAUGAUACACAUUAACAGGAUCAAAUCAUACGGAUUCAAUACGAUUCGAUUCAUCAUUACGUGGGAGGCGAUCGAACACGAAGGCCCAGGAAAAUAUGACGAGGAUUACAUUAACUACACCAUCGAGUUGCUCAAGAUUAUACAUGAUGCUAAAGGGUUGUACGUAUUCAUUGAUCCUCAUCAAGACGUGUGGUCUAGAUUUACUGGUGGUAGUGGUGCUCCAUUAUGGACUAUUUAUGCUGCUGGGUUGGAUCCAACAAGUUUCCAUAAUACAGAAGCUGCGUUCGUACAAAACAACUCUAAGGAUCCCCAGAAUUAUACCAAAAUGGUUUGGACCUCAAAUUACUACAGGUUGGCAACCCAAACAUUGUUCACUAUGUUUUUCAGCGGCAAAACGUUCUUUCCCAAGUGCAUCAUUAAUGGCGAGAACAUCCAGUAUUAUUUGCAGAGGCAUUUCAUUGCUUCCGUGGCUCAUUUCUUUUCUAGGCUCAAAGAAACUGCUCCUUAUGUAUUGCACCAAACCGUAAUUGGGGUUGAAUCAAUGAAUGAGCCUAACUCCGGACUUUUGGGUUUCAAAGAUCUUUCCAAAAUUCCAGACGAUCAACAACUGCGAAUUGAUACAACCCCUACUGUAUUCCAGUCUUUGAUGACAUGCAACGAUAUUCCUUGUGAGGUCGACACAUACUAUAUAUCGGUUUUCGGUCCAAGAAAGUCUGGGAGUCGCUUAGUCAAUGAACAGGGAGAAGUUUUGUGGUUGAAAAAUGACGAGGCAGAUCGGAAAUACAACUUCAAAAGGGACCCUGGAUGGAAAAUUGGCCAUUGUCCUUAUGAACUACAUGGGAUAUGGGAUUCCGAUGCUCUAACGUUAAUGAAGCCUGAUUAUUUUGCUGUUCAUCCGUUGACCGGUGAAGAAGUAGAUAUUGAUUAUUUCAUUAAUCACGAGUUUGUGGAACAUUAUAAGGAAUAUAAAGCUGCCAUAAGGGCAAUAGACCCAGAUAUCUUUAUGUUUAUGCAACCACCAGUAAUGGAGGUGCCUCCAGUUUUAGUAGAUUCUCCAGUUAUUGACGACAAGACAGUGAACUGUCAGCAUUAUUACGAUGGGAUGUCACUUAUGUUCAAAACUUGGAAUACCAAGUACAACAUUGAUACUUUAGGUAUAAUGAGAAAAAGAUACAGCAAUCCAAUAUUUGCCAUUGUAUUUGGAGAAAAGAACAUAAGGAAGUCGCUUCGGUCCCAGUUGGGUGAGAUGAAGAAAGAGAGUCGUAAAAAUUUGGGGGCUAAGGUGCCUGUUCUAAUUACAGAAACCGGAAUGCCAUUUGAUAUGGAUGAUAAAGCUGCUUUUUCGAACGGUAAUUAUACUUCACAAACGAAGGCUUUAGAUGCUCUUGGAUAUGCCUUGGAAGGAAACAAUUUGAGUGUGACCUAUUGGACUUAUACUUCGACUAACUGCCAUAAGUGGGGAGAUCGAUGGAAUAACGAAGAUUUUUCUUUAUGGUCUCACGAUGAUCGUGCUGCUUCUUUUGACGAUGAUAGAUUCAGUCUUAGAAGCAAUUUUUUGUAUGAAAGUGAAGACGAUCAAACUUUCACGACCACCCUAAGUAAAUCAAAGGACGACUUCAAGGUAGUCCAAACCAGGGAAUACCACAGAGGUGGGGGAUACCAAUCAAUAUGGAACGGUACUAGAGCCCUGAAAGCAAUAUUGAGACCAUACCCAGUAUUUGUCAAUGGUGUUGUAAAAUGCUGUGAGUACGAUCUUCAAGGCUCCAAGUUUCAAUUGACAAUCGACUCGGACCGUGUGCAUUCCAGUACAAAAGCAUUAACAGAGAUAUUUGUUCCCAGAGUCAUAUUUCAUCCUAGCAAGAUCAAAGUAUCCUGUUCAUCGGGAACAUUUGUUUUAGGCAAUGAUUCAGUUCAGGUAUUGCGAUGGGACCAUGAUAUUAAUGCAGGAGAUCAAGAGAUAACUAUACACUUGAGUGAUUCAGAUGCAGAAUUAUCUGAGAAAGUCGGAAAUAGUCGAUUAAGAGAUCUGCUGUGUGGCUGUUUUAAGUCUGUUCAAAACAUCUUAUGUUAA